UUCCUAUCAUUUCGAUAAAGGGGGAAGUACUGUAGUGGUUUUACCUUCAAAAAUGCCUGAGCCUGCCAAGUCUGCUCCUGCGCCGAAGAAGGGCUCCAAGAAAGCGGUGACCAAGACCCAGAAGAAGGGGGACAAGAAGCGCCGCAAGAGCCGGAAGGAGAGCUACUCCAUCUACGUGUACAAGGUGCUGAAGCAGGUCCACCCGGACACGGGCAUCUCGUCCAAGGCCAUGAGCAUCAUGAACUCCUUCGUGAACGACAUCUUCGAGCGCAUUGCAGGGGAGGCCUCCCGCCUGGCUCACUACAACAAGCGCUCCACCAUCACCUCCCGGGAGAUCCAGACCGCCGUGCGCCUCCUGCUGCCCGGCGAGCUGGCCAAGCACGCCGUCUCGGAGGGCACCAAGGCCGUCACCAAGUACACCAGCUCCAAGUAAGCUGCCUGUCCCCGCUGCCGGAGGCACCAAUGAACCCAAAGGCUCUUUUCAGAGCCACCCACUUUCUCAUGAAAGAGUUCCAGUCACUGUGGAAGCCUGUGUCUGAUUGGCAAGUGGAUUGU